AUGCCUGAAAUCGGUUCAUGUACUGAUGUAACAUGUAAUGAAGAAAUAAAAGAUUUGUAUGAAUGUCAUUGCUGUUUACGUCUUGUUUGUUUAAAUCACUUGAUUGAGCAUGUUGAAAUAACAAAACAGAAUAAAAAACGGUUACAUAUGCUUGGUAAUGAAUUAAACACAGUUAUAACUACACUUGAAUUAAUUAUUGAAGAAAAACUAGUUAAUAUUGAACGUGAAGAAAAAUUGAUUGAAGGAGCAAAAAAAAUUGAUGUACUCAAUAGUUCAACAGAUGAAAUUCAAAAUAUUCUUGAACAAAUUAAUCAAGCAAUUUCUUCAAAUCAUUCAGACGAAACAAUUGUGAAAGUCGAAUCUUCAUUAUUAGAAACGAAAAAUUGUUCUUGUAUUUGCACAUGUAAUAAGAAAAAAACAAACUCAAUUGAUCAAUCAUCACCAAGAAAAACUCGUUCAAAAUCAAAAUCUGCUACUUGUUUGGAUUCAACAAUAAAAACCGGUGUAAGAGAAAAAUUGGGAAAUCCAAAAAAUGGUCGAUAUUCAACGUUGACUAAUCGUGAUUUUUUUGAAACUGUUUUAUUUGAUCAAACACAAAAAUCGACUAAGGAUCAAGAUAUUAAUGAAGAACAAAAUAAAAUAGAAGCAAAAUCAUGCAGUACUUACUUUGGUAAAUGCCCAUUAGUAUUUGAUGGAGCAUAUGGUCUUACUAAUGCAAAACAUUCCAUUGAUUUUUGUUUGAAUAAACGCUCUCGUCGAAUUGGAUUAUAUGCUCAUUUUGUAGGUAAACAUACAUUAAAAGCAGCUUGUGCUCGACGUUUAGUACAAGCUAUAGUCAAAAAUAAAGAUCCUAUGAUAACAAAACUAUUUGAAGAUAAUGAAGAUGUUAUUAAUCAUUUUUACAGAAUUUCAUGUCCAUUUCGUGAUGGAAUGAUUAAUUUAUUUGGAUGUAAUAAGAAAACGGUAUCACAUGUACCAUGCGGAUUUCGUUCAGUUGUAUUUAGUACAUUAAAAUUUCAUUUAAAACAUUAUCAUAAUGUUUCUGGUGAACUAGCACAAACUUUAGUUAAUUAUUUGAAAGAAAUUCAAAUCAGCAAUGAUGUUACAUUGACUUAA